AUGGAUGUCGCCAGUCCGCCACUGCAGAGCGGUUUUCCAAACGGACACGCAUCCCCAGGAGUCAAUGGUCUCGAUCACCUCAACGGGAGCAGCGUAGAUGGUCCAGCAACUUCAACACCUGCGGCUGCUCCCCUUCCGUUUGAUGCGUCCACAUUUCGAGACUACCUUCUCGCACUUUUACCUCCCGUCUUGGGAGCAACACCCUCAGAACUCGAAGAUGGCAUCUUUAGUGACCCAGAUUUCGAAGAACGCGUUACCCAGUUUGCAACACAGCCCGGUGGCCCGUUGUACGUUGCCAAAAUCUCAGACGAGUUGCAUGACGAAACAACGACACCGAAUUAUAGAUAUUCUCUUGCAUCCUCGUUGGCAUACACACCCUCCAAUGUCACAACUCUUGCCUUGAUCAAACGCGUCCCAUCGUUGGAUUCUACCGUACCUAUGGCUUCUCAGAUUCAAAUACUCAACCUCUUUGGUGACGAAGAUACGCCCUAUGAGAGUUUACAUGCCGUCGUUAGCCAAGCUGUCAAGCCUUGGUUCGAUGCAUUCGUUGGGACAAGGCAUGGCGUUCGAGACAGUGACAGCAAGAUUGGUAUUCCCAAUGCAAAGAAGAAAUUUGCCGAGCUAGAACUCUCGCUAUUCCAUCUGCAGCAGAACGUGGAAAUACCGGAGACGCACCUCAUCAUCCAUCCUGUCAUUCAGAAGGCUGUCGACGCCGCACGAGAAGCCAAGAUCCAUAUUGACACUAGCAUCAUUCCAGAGGCGUAUCUCAACGACAGCACAUUCCUGAACACCCUCCAAUCGCAUGUCAAUGGCUGGAUCAAGGCCAUUCAGACCGUCACAAAGCUUUCACGAGAUGUCAAAGCCGGAACCGCAUCUCAGGAGAUCAACUUUUGGCUUUCUCUUGAGAGAGCCUUGGAAGCAAUCGACGCCCAGCUCCAAUCCGAGGAGAUCAAGCUCGUCAUGGAGUGCCUUCGAAAGGCAAAACGUUUUCUGGCCACUGUCAGUUUCAUGGCAGACACCGGCUUGAAGGACGGGAUGGAGCGGAGCAGAAAGUACAACCAGUUGAUGAAGGACUUUCCAUUGGAUGAGCUGCUCUCUGCGACGGACUUGGAGAAGAUUCAAGACUCGCUUGGUCUCAUUUUCAAUCAUUUGAACAGUCGACUUCGUCGCGUCGCCUAUCCAAUCCAUCGAGCCCUGCCACUCGUCGAAGCCAUCUCGCGGGACUUUAAUGACACAAUACUUCGUGUAUUGACCAGCCAUCGACUGAUCUACCAACCAUACGAGACUUUUGAGAAGCUCAUGAAUACGACCGUGAGCGUCUUCAAGAGCUGGGACGAUUAUGUCAAAGACUUUACCAACGUUGCGCGAGACGUGACCAGGAAACGCAGCGAAAAGUUUAUUCCGAUCAAGAUCAAUCCAGCACACGCAAAAUUAGCAGAACGGGUUCGAUAUUUGCGAGACUGGAGACGACAGCAUGAGCAACUCGCCGUCACGACUGCACCGACCAAAGGUCUAGGAGGCAUCUCCGGGCCUGGAAUCGGAAGCGAGCUUGGUGGUGUCAACAUGGAAGAAGAGGUCAAAGAGGCCUACGAAAUUGUCAAGAACAUUGAUAUACUUGACGUUAGUGUUGAGGGCACCGAAAUUUGGGUGACCGCUGAGAAUGCGUACAAUGAGCGCAUCGCUCGUGUGGAGAAUCAAAUCAUCGCCCGGUUGAAGGACCGGCUUGGAACGGCUCGAAAUGCAAAUGAGAUGUUCCGUGUGUUCUCCAAGUUUAACGCUCUGUUCGUGAGACCAAAGAUCCGAGGAGCCAUCCAAGAGUACCAAACCCAACUGAUCGACUCUGUCAAAGAGGAUCUUAAACACCUCCAUAAUAAAUUCAAGACACAGUAUCGCUAUUCAGAGGCAUACCACAUGUCUCAAAUGCGAGACCUACCGCCAAUUGCAGGCGCCGUCAUUUGGGCUCGACAGAUUGAGCGACAACUGACGACCUACAUGAAGCGGGUAGAAGACGUCCUCGGCAAAGGCUGGGAGCUCUACGCAGAAGGACAAAAGCUUCAGACCGAGUCGACGGCGUUCAGGAAGAAGCUGGACACGAGACCAAUCUACGAGGCGUGGCUUCAAGACAUCAACAGGAGGGAGAUGAGUGUCACCGGUCGCUUGUUUGAAAUUGUCAAGCUUCGCGGUGGGGGUUACCAACUGGCUGUCAACUUCGACCCUCAGAUCAUCACACUGUUCAAGGAGGUUCGAAACCUACUAUGGCUCGGCUUCCAAGUCCCUCAUUCUAUCAACAACAUGGCAAAGGACGCAAAACGUGUGUACCCACACGCUGUCAGCCUUAUGGAGACUGUUCGAACCUAUGGCCAGACCCUCCACCUCGUCGAGGAGAACCUCGUCAUUGAGAUGUUGGUGGCCGAGUACCGAAAUGAAGCCCAAGGAAUGGUAUCGCGAGGUAUGACGCUAAGAUGGGACUUUUUCGUUGGGGCGUAUGAUACCCAUCGAUAUCUCCCUGGCGGGGGAAUAGAUGGUCGAGAGAAUCGGCACAUUGCCUUUGUCCGCGAAUUCGCCUCAGUCGUAUCGAUAUUCCAGGACAAGGCCAAUUCGCUGGUUAAUUCCUACAAGGAGAUCAACCGCCUGAUCGAGGAUCUGUCAACCUGUCCGUAUACGUUUGAGGCCUUUUCAGACUUGAUUGGCAAGAUCCAAGCGGCAAUUGACCGGCUCAACUUGGAAGGUUAUGCCAAUCUAGAAAACUGGGUCGCUGAGCUCGAUGAUCGGAUAGCUGGUAUCCUUGCUCAGCGCCUUGUUCACAUCUUGCAAGUCUGGUGUACAGAGUUUGACAAGACUGAUGACGGUGAACAACGUCGAGAACCUGUGCUACGAGACAACAAGCAGCGAAGAAUUGAAAAGCGCAAGGAAGAAAAGGGGCCUGAUGGAGACAUGACACUUACUCCCAUUAUUCAUGAGAUUCGGAUACAGAACCAAGUCAUCUUCUUGGAUCCACCAAUCGAGUACGCCAGGGACUUUUGGUUCAAGCAGCUACAUGAAUGGUUGGGUGUCGUCUGUCGCCUACGAAGAAUACAAAGCUCUCGCUACGAGAUUGGACUGCAAAUUCAAGAAAGCUCGUCAGUCGAGUUGACAUAUACCUUCCUGCUCACACGGUUUACGGACGGCACACUUGAAAAGGCAUUUGGGCUGAUCGAGAACAAGGUGCAACAGAUCAAAGACUAUGUGUCGAAAUGGCUGCAAUUCCAAUCUCUCUGGGACCUCGAAGCCGAAUACGUUUUCAACCGUCUGGGGGACUCGCUUGCCAACUGGCAACAGCUGUUGACGGAGAUCAAGCGCACGCGCUCGACGUUCGACACGUCGGAGACGCAAAGGUCGUUUGGUGUUGCGGUGAUCGACUACGAGCAAGUGCAGGCACGCGUAAACGCCAAAUACGACUCGUGGCAGCGCGACAUUCUCAGUCGUUUCGGUGUCAAGCUUGGCAACGCGAUGAAGGAGAUGCACGCUGCCAUUCUCAAGGCUCGACACGACUUGGAGCAUCAGUCUAUUGAGGGACUUACUAGCGGCGCUCCACGACGAGUCUAA